AUGUUCAAGCUUGUCUCUUUGUCGCUGCUGGCUUUGGUCGCCGCAGCACCCUCUCCGCAGCGCAACAAAGGUGGGCAACCGAAAGCAACGGCACAGCAACAAGCCGCGAAGAUACCGAUGGGUAUUACCCAGGCACAGGAUGGGAGUAUGAUCUUGGAUGAUAUGGUCAUGGUGAACGGCCUACCCAUUCGCUUCAAGAUCGCCGCGCCAGCAGACCAGUUCUUACCUGCAUCAGGCGUGCCAGGUGCCGCAGCAACAAGCGGCAAUGGCACCAUGGGCGCAAACGUGCUCCUGCACGGCGAUGGUGGGCAGUCCUUCUUCGACAUGCCAAACCAGAACGUGCAAGCGAACACCAUGGGCGUUGCGCUCCUGGCUCCAAACCCAAACCUGUUCUGGGGCGGCGGCAGCGGACUGCAACGCACAGACGGCGUGGCACACGCCCAGGCCGUGAAUGACUGGAUACAGAACGAGCUGCCGCAACGUGUGGCGGUGAAUAUGAGCGCCAUGGUGUUCAGCGGUGUCAGUGGCGGGAGCCUGCUUAUGAGCGGUUUCUUUGUGCCAGCGCAGAUGCAGAACUACGCUCCCUCGGCCGUAGAGCUGAACUGCGGUGGCAUGCCGCCUCAAGUCGCCGUCGUAAAUCCUGCUGCGAUCGCGAGCACAAGGAUACACUUCCAGUCCACGCAGUCGGAGCUGCAGCUGCUGCAAGGGAGCAUCCCUCAGGCAGUCAGCGCAUACGAGAAGAUUGCGACGGAUCAGGGUCUUAGCACGGCGCAGGUGAAUCAGCUGCAGACUGUGGAUAACACGCCGCAGGGCGGGCAUUGCGCGUUUGACGGGCAGGGUUUUGUAUCUGGCGUGCAGACAAUGUUGUCUAGUUACUCGAAUGUUGUGCAGGGUGGAAAUGGCACAGUCGCGGGUAUUGGAGCGCCGAGUACCGGGCAGGUUACGACUGGUGUAGUUGGGAAUGAGAAGUUACAGUUCUCGGGUGGGAAGAAGCGUAAGGCUGAGUCGAUGGUCGUAGCGAGGUGGGCGCAGGAUGUCGUCGUCGAGGAAGAUGUAGCGCUGCUGGCGUGCGACCGUACUUCGUGCUAG